CUACUACUACUACAGUAGAUCGUAGCACAAGCCCUACCGAUCGGCAUUGCGAUGAGAAGCUCGUUUCAAGGGCUUAUCCACAACGCUAUUGACAUCAUCUCACCAACCGAGAAUUUAUCACUUACUACAGGUGAAAGGACUAACAUUCUCUCGAUACAUAAAGGGAGAAGAGGAGAAACUGAAUCAUACACUCAUAACUAGUAUAAACCAAGUGGAGCAAGCAGAGCUGUGACUGGCUCAGGUCAGGAAUGGUGGAUAACUUGCCGGUAGGAGAGGAGACCUUCCUGUAUUACGGCAUCUUUCCGGCAGACCACCACGCAUUGGACAUGGUGAUGGACACAGGCGUCUACCAGGCGCUGUCCUCCCCGUUCUCAGAGGACGACCUGAGUGACUCGUCCAGCCCUUGCUCCUGCUCCAGCCCUGAGUCCCAGGUGCUGGGUUCCAGCUACGGCAGCAGCAGCAGCAGCUCCAGCGGAGAGAGCCAGGAUGGUCUCCUGGACUUGCUGCUCUCCCAGGCCACCCUUGGACGUGGAGUUACCCCCUCUCUAUCCCCCUCAGUACCACCCAUCCUCCCCAGGGGUCUAGCAUGGGAGUCGAAGAGGGACUGCCUGUCUCUACCAACCAAAGAGGAGUGCUUUGAGUUCCCUGUGUUCCCAGUGGACCUGGUGGAUCAUGUGGGGCUGCUGUUUCAGCCCACCCUGGAGGAGAUAGAGGAGUUCCUGGAGGAGAAUAUGGAGGUGGUGACGUUGAAGAAGGAGGCUAGUGAGGGAGGGAUGUUGGAUGUAGACAGUCAUGUGACAGGGUCAGAGCCUGGGCUAGAGCAGUCAGACCAAACAGUACCUGUUGCCAGUGCUACUGUCCCCACCACAGAGACCAAGCACACAGCAACAUCCACAAUAACAGAUUCCAACGGUUGUAGUGUAAUUAAACAGGAGGAACGUGCUGAUACACCAGCCUCAGGGGAGGGGUCUGGUGUGACGCCUGUCAUCUUGCAGAUUCAACCAAUCCAGAUUAAGCAAGAGCCCAGCCCAGGUGUGAUACCAACACCAGUACCACAGCAGACCACCCAGCCCUCCUCAGACAUCAAAAUCACCCAGCUCCUAGUCAACAUCCAGGGCCAGACUUUUGCCCUGGUGCCCCAGCUGGUGUCUCCAGCCAAUCUCAAUGGCACAUCUUCCAAAUUUGUCCGCAUCGCGCCCGUUCCCAUAGCCGCCAAGCCCCUGGGUCUCGGGGAGGGUGGGCUUUCAGGUGGCCAGGCUGCAGGGAUCCUGGUGGGAGCACAGAAGUUCCAGAAGAGCUCGGUAGCGGACCUUUUAAAAAUGCAUAAGUGCACUUUCCCUGGCUGUGCCAAGAUGUACACCAAGAGCAGCCACCUGAAGGCCCACCUGAGGAGGCACACGGGGGAAAAGCCUUUCGCCUGCACCUGGCCUGGCUGUGGAUGGAGGUUCUCGAGGUCAGACGAACUCUCCAGACACCGGCGCUCUCACUCUGGAGUGAAGCCUUACCAGUGUCCCGUCUGCGAGAAGAAGUUUGCCCGCAGCGAUCACCUGUCCAAACAUAUCAAAGUACACCGCUUUCCAAGAAACAGCAGGACAGUGCGCUCCGCAAACUGAGCCCGUUGACCCCCCCCAGUCCUGCUAGACUGAGGCCAUGCCACAGGACACAUGGAGAGACAGAGAGAUAAUGUUUGUGAGAGAGAGAGUGAAUGAAUGUGGGAGAUUGCUUAUAGCAGAGGGGACAGUGUGACAGACAUAAUGAAUGUGGGAGAUUGCUUACAGCAGAGGGGACAGUGGGACAGACAGAAUGAACGUUCAAACAACAGUUAAGGGAGAGAGUGUUCUAAUGUUUUGUUUGUUUAUGUGUGUGUGUAUGUUUGUGCAAGAGUGUGUGUGUGACGCACAUUGGUGGUACUGUGAUAAUUUAUUGAGUAAUGCAGAGAUGCAAAAGAGAAAACAUUUUGAACAAACAAGAACUGUUACUUAACAUGACAUCUUCACUGGUGUAUGAAGGGCUUGAUUCAAUCCAUCUUCCAGAAGUUCAGCAAUAUAGCGGGAUUUACAUUUAAAGGCAAUGUUCCCACAUUCUUGGAGACUGCAUUCACGGUAAACGCUGCAUAUGCCGGCUCAAUUGGAAAUUAGCUUUAACUUUCAAUGUCGCUAUAGCGCUGAACUUCCUCAAUACAGAUUGAAUCGAGCCCUAAGUUUCUUGUAAAUAGCUUUUCUUUCUUUUUUUAGGGGUUUUCUCUCAUAAAAUAUUUUAAGAUACGAUUUCAGAAUCUAAAAAAAGGUUUUGUUUUGCAAUGUAUUUUUACACUUUGAGGUUUGAAUGAAUUGUUGUUGAUGUACCUGCCUAUCAUUGACGCAACAACAUUCCUUCUGCUAAAUGAUGAAAUUAUCUUCUCAUCACCAAGGGAGUUUUACACUUUUACUAUGUAGUUCUUCAAACCAAAAAAUGACUAUUAAUACUCAAACGUUCAUGUUGAACUACUGAUCAUUAUCAGAAUCAUGCCAUUAUAAGCUACUGGCAACAUGUGGAGGCUGUCUCCUAAUUUCACUACAGGAGCAAUAUGAUGACUCAUGCCUGGUAAAAACUAAAGGCCUGUGGAUCAGCUAACAGUGAAUAGCCAACUGCAGUACAACGAGGUACAACAAAUAUAUUUGAUGUUUUAUGGUGUGUUGUUUAUAUAGGAACCGACUGGCUUUCUGAUCACUAUUGAAGACAUUUGAAGAACUUUUCCUUUUGUAUAUUUGUAUACAUUAGCUGGAGGAGCUGUUAUUUUCAUUUUAUUUCAUUUUAUUUCAUUUUGUGUUAUGUCAGUGGCUCUUGAAGCCAUUGUCAUUCACGUGUCUGGCCUUGUAAUAAUCUGGCCUUUUUUGGGGCCAAUAUGUCAACUGAGUAGGCCUACAUGGUAUCUGUUUGAAUAGAAUGAUAACACUUAACUCGUUGGUGACUGUAUAAAAUCUUCAUAGCACAUAAGCAUUGAAUGCCUAGCCUGCCAUGUCGUAUACAGCAAUCUGAGCAUGUCAUUCAGAACAUACAGUGUGUGGAUGUCAGUGACAGUCAAUCAAUGUAGAGUUCCAAACAGUGCUGGUAGGAGCUACAGUGUGAAGGACUCAACCCAUGCACUCAGUGUCAGUGGAAUCAAUGCUUUCAGUAAAAUAGUUGAACUAUGUUUUUAAGGAUUCUCGAAAAACUACAGCUACAGUAGCCUGAGGUAAGUCUCCUCCAUACCAACACACUAGUGUGCCUCGUGUCAUCAGUGCAUGGUGCUGAAACCCCUACAGUCUUUCAACAGUGACCUCCAUUUGGAACAACCCCAAAGCCUUUUAGCAGAUAGCGGUGCCAAGCCACCUGUGCUAUUACAUUUUGUGAACAAGAUCUGGAAUUGCAUGGUGCUAUAUUCAUUUAGUUACUUACUCUGGAACAUGUGAAAGUAAAUGGUCUUAGACAUCUUAGCUUCCAUACUCAUGUUCCGCAGUCACCUUCCUGAACUACAGAUGACAUCACAUACGGGACUCAAAUACUGUGAGGAUUACGUAUGUUUUUUAUAAUGGUUUCUUUUCCCUGUACAAAACUGCACUGUCUUUGAUGGCCAUGUCCUUUCUGUGUUAACGAUACCUGAACCUGAGAGGUCUAGAGAGGGCAGGACGCUUAUACUGUAGCAAUGCAUUCCUUCAAUCCAAUUUGAAAUGCUUUUAAAAACAGGUUAUUUUAACCCAUGAAUGUAUGUAAAUACUGUAACUGCAUCUAAAAGGAACAUAAAUAUUAUUCUAAUUAUUUCUGUGAUUGUGUACAUUUCUAGUGCAUGUGUAUAUAAUAACAAUUCAUUAUAUAUUAUUAUAAAUAGUAUAUACUAUUAUAAAUAUUAUAUAUUUUUCUUUGUUCUACAUAAGAUGCAUUUACAAAUUAAACAAACCCAAA